CAUGAUUUUUGUUCAGUCUUCUCGCCGCAAAAAUGGCACAAGGUAGAGAGCCGCGUGUUUCUAUUGCACCAGGAUCCGUUGAGCCUGAAUUCGAUCCGACGAGGCCGCUUCAGUCUCCCAAUGGUGUCUAUUUUAAUUACGAAACCGGGACCCUCGAAGAUCCUUAUUCAGAUAAUUCGGAUAUCGAUUUUUACCGCAGAAUACAAAAAUCAGAUCAAUACGUGAAUGAUUUAAUGAAUCGUGGAGCGCUAGAAUCAAGGACAGCUAUAACGGAAAAUGAUGCUGCGAGCGAUAAAGUGGAAGUGAAGCGCAGGACCGACGAGCUCGCGUCGAGGCGGACGUCAGACAGCUGUGAAUCCGCAACGGUGGACACAACGAUCGACUCGGUAAAGCACCCUACCUCAGCUACGGAUCAACAUACAGCAGAUGACCCACAGCUCAUUCUUAAUGUCAGUACCCUUCGACGCACGGACACUUAUUCGUCAUUUCGUGAUCUCCAGGACAGAUUUUCAUCGACAAAUAAUUAUCUUGAGCUAGAUUCUAGGGCCUUGAGUCGCUUAGACCCAAGGUAUGUCGGAAGGUUACGCGAAAGAUUGGACGAGCUGGCGAGAGAAAGGGAAAGUGAAAAGGAAAAAUUCGAACUUUCAAGAAUCAAGUGUACAAUUGGUGCAAUUAUAUGGUGCACUAUCAUGCUAUUAUAUGCAAUAGGAUUGUUUUACUUUUUUAUUAGCUUGUUUGUGGAAAAGAAGAUUUAGAAAAAGAAAGCAUGAUUGUGAAAGAUGAACGUAUCAUGGGAGCAUGCAAAAAUAUAUUUGCAAUAAAAAAAUUCAACCAUAGUGGUUAAAAUAUUGAACUACGUUAUCAGAAUGAUUUGUACAUUAUUUUUGUACAUGAAAAUUUUUUUUUUGUAGAAAGAAGAUUAUUAUUCAAUUCAUUGUAUGAUGCAAUAAAGACAAAACUGUUUCGUA